AUGGAGAGAAGCCAUAAGAAGAUUAUGACGUCUCCUUCCCCUGGUCUGUGUUGGUGCUCGAGCAAGCCCAAGUGGCAAGCAAAGAGAAGGGAAGGCGUCAAGACCAUACAUAUAACACAUCGCCAUGGAGAUGAACACCGGCACGAACAUAUAUAUCUCCACGAUGAUGGUCAUGCGAAGGGUCUUGCUCCUUGGCUCCGCGGUUUCACCUUUGUGAGAGGGGAGUGCCUGACAGCAGCUCGUCCGCAACAGCAGGAAAGAGACCAUGGAGAGAAGCAGGAAGACGAAGUCGAAGAGAGAGAAUCAAGACCAGGAUCAGGAAAUCAAUCUCAAGAUCAAGAUCAAGAUCAGGGCAAGGCAGAAGACUGCAAGGAGCACUCCGUGGUAAGUAAGAUACACAAACCAGGAGAGCGAGAGAGCCGUCUUAUUGAUGGCCGAUUCGAGUGA